CAAAAUAAAUUGAUCGUGUUUGUUUUGUUGGAAGAAGAUUUGCUGAAAACAUCAGAAUUUAACCACAACAACUCAUAGUACGCCUAAUUGUUUUGAAUGUGUAAAAAUAUGAAGUAAUCAGCAACCGUGACAUAAUGCGACGAGGUCAUUCAGGAAUUGGCGGAUGGCGUAGUGAGAAUCCGCGACAUUUUAGACCUAGGAUUGGCGGCAAUCCGCAUUUCAGGCCCCCAAAGAGCUAUGGCAUACUAGAGACACCGAGAUUCCCGCCACCAUUCGAUGGUUCAAGGUCAAUGCGAUUUAAUAAUCGCUCUGAUAAGUCUGACCGAACACCAUCUGUUCAUUCUGAUAGAUAUAGAUUUAGAAGUAACCAAAAUGUUUAUCAGAGACCACAUCAACAAGGGGAGAGACGGUUACCGUCUUCACUGCAAUGGACUAGGCAAACAGGUGAUAGUCACAGAAACACAUCCAUAGCAUCAAACAAUUAUUAUGAAGAUCAACCCAUUGAUCAGUUUCAUCCUAAUAGAAUGAGUGAGAUUGAUAAAAGGCAUAUUCCCCAAAUGAGAGAAGUAUACAAACCACCUUUAAUUUCACCAUGGGAAGUAAAUCACCCAUUACAUCAUUCUAGUGGAAAAGAAGAUAAUGUAUACAGACAUGAUAGAGGUCAUCCAAACAAACCAUCUGCAGCUUCCAUGGAGUAUACUGGGCAUAGACCACCUGCAUCUGAUCACUAUGGCUGCAAUCCUACAUCAGUUAUUGAUAGCACUAAUACAUUUAGCCGUUCAGUAGAUGCUACAGUUGAUUUAGUAAGAAAAAGAUUGCUAAACCGCAGUGACCCACAGAAUACUACUGAUAACUUUGAGAAUUGUCAAGAUACAGCUGAGGAUGGUCAAAAGUCACAAACAAGUAGUACCUUUCGAAAUAAUCAAAAUGAGCAACCUCUAAGAAAAAAGUAUCAAAGGCAACGUCAUACUGACAAAUCAAGUUGUGAUAAAAUAAGAAGCAAAAUUGUACAUCAACUGUUUAAAAUGGAUAAGGAGAAAAUUCACAAACUUAUGGACAAUCCAAAUUCUUCAACAAAAUUUGAAUAUGCUAUAAGUAGCUUGAUAACAGAAUCACAAAACAGCUUCAAUAGACAUCUAAGAUCAGCUGCUGAGAAAACCCUAUGUGGAUCCAGUACUGAUUUCAUUGAAAAUGAUAAUAAUACUAUUUAUGAAGACACAUUUAUGAAACAGAUGCAAUGUAUGCUAGAUCCACAAGAUACUGUAUUCCUGGAAGAUAUUAAGCCAUUUGUAAUGGCUGAAAUAACUAAGGUAUUACAGUUAAAUGAAUAUGAUCAAAAUGUUCAUAUAGGUGAUGAUGGCAUUGCUACCAAUAGUCAUGAUGAACAUCAAAAUUAUAAUCUGCAUCAAAAUAAUAAUAACUUUAAUCAUGAGGAAUUUUCUACUGAAGAUAUUUACUCUGGGCUAAAUAAUAUUUCACCAACAGGUUAUCAGAGACCAAAAAGUGUUGAACCUACCACUAAUAAUUAUGGUGCAUAUGAAGAUAACCUACCACAUUAUGGAGAUUCUAAACAUCUUUUUGAUCGGAGACACAGAACAAAAAGUUUUAGUUUUAUGCAGGGUGGUACCUCUGAGAUCAAUUUUUAUGGAAGAGAACUAGGAGAUAAACCAAAUGAAACUAUAACUGGGGUUCCACAAGAUUUAUUUGAUUCUAAUGGAGAUCAGCUCUCAGAAGAUGAGGAUCCAUUUGCUGAAUUAGAUAAGCAGUAUCAUGUUGCAGUAGAUCAUGACUUCAUUGAACAGGAUGACAUACUUAGCCCAAAACAUGAUAAAGAUUUAUAUAACAGUAACUCCAUAAAAACUUUUAAAGUAGAACCCUUAUCGCCAGAUAAAAACUUAAAAAGCAUUGAUAAGGAUAUUGAGAAACAAAUUUUUAAUAUGGCUCAGUCACCUUUAAAAUUAUCACUACCCAUUAAUAAUACGUCAAUCAAACAGGAGACUAAAGAAGCGCUUAUAGAAUGUAAAGAAGAAUCAUUAUGCUGUUCUAACAUUUUGUCUUUAGAAGAAAAUAAUGGGGACAGCACCAGUCAUAAUAAUGAUAAAACCAACAAACAAUAUGACGCUGCAUUCCAGGAAAUCACCAAACAAACUGAUACCACAGAUCUGUCAAGUAAUCUUAAAUCCCCAUUAUCUAAUCCCCGAAAACGGUCAAUUGACCAAAGGCCAUCACACCGUAAGGAAAAACGGAAAAAAUCAGAAUCUGAAUCAAGUAAACAAAUUCUUAAUAAAAAUAUCAUAAUAAAUGUAAAUGAUUGUGCUUCUAAAUCUUCAGAUAAAUGUGAAACCUCAAAACCAAUAUUUAACUUAUUUUUCUCAAAGGAACAAAGUAAGCUUGUACCAAAAGAUAAUAAGACAGGUUCAAAUGACAAAAACUAUACAGAAAAACAUGUCAAAAGAAAAGAAACACCAAAAAGGACAACUGAAAAAAAUAGUAAACGAAAAGAUUCCACAUCUUCAACACAUCUCUCAAGUCCUACAGAAAACAGCCAUAUUAAUAAUGAUGGUGAUACAAAUGCCACAACAACGACAUCUAGCCAAUGUGAUAACCAAACUAAAUCAGAGACAAAAACCAUCCUAAAGCCAAUAGAUAUGUUUAAUGAAAAUCCAAAGAAAACUAAUUUAAUUCAUCAAGCACAUAGAAAUACUGCCCCUACUCCAAGUUCUACUUCCAACAUUGAGUUAAACAAGAAAAGCAAACUUAAGGGACCUUUAUGUAAACAGUUAAUGAAAAGGCAUAUUGCUAUUCAGGUCAUAAGAAAAAUGCAUGCAAAGCAAACACAAACACCACCAUCUAAGUGUGGCACACAGUCAUGUCAAGCUAAAAAGAAGUAUGCUACUAAAUCGAUACAAACUGAUGUGAAUAUUCCAGAUAAAACUGGCAACAAGUCAAAUGAUGCAUUUGAAAGAAUGAAAGAAAUUGAUUUAGAGAUACAAGUUUUAUUACAAGAAAAGUUUAAACUGUACAGCUCCAUUGAAAGCAAAGAUACUGGAACUAGCUCAAUGCAAACAUUAGGUAUGACAGUUCUAAAUGUUAGUCCUUACAAUGGAGAUGGUGAAAAUGAAACCACAGAAGAUUCACUCUCUGAAGAUACAAUUGUUAAUGACUUUGCAAAUAUACCAGUAGAAGAACUGGAACAAAUAGCAUUGGAAACCGUACAAGAAGAUGAAGACAGUAAAUCCAAUCAAUCAAAACGAUUUCGACGUCGCAAGGUUCCCUAUGAGGAAUCUCAUUCCCAGAGCCCUGUAACAGUCCAAAAAAGAAAAAAAUCAAAGCCAAAAUCCCCAAAUAUAUCUUUAAUUGAGCAAAUUAUUACCAAUGAAGGGCCAAUUGAAGAUGACAUAACAUUGUUAGAUGACUCUGAAAUUCCAGAAAUGAAGUCGAAAAAUAAAAAUACGAAAAGAAAGAAAAAAGGUUCAACUCGGAUUAGGUCAAUCCCUAGGCGUAGAAUAGUUAAACCCACAAAUACUGUUCAUUACACAAUCAAAGAAUGCUCUGUGGUUAUAGAAAGAAUAGAUAUAACACCAUAUAGACAACGUAUAUUAUCUCAGGCAUUGGAACCUGUUGUAGAGUUUUUGAAUAUAAUUGAAGAGGAGCAAAGUACUGAUAGAAAUCGAAAAGGUAUAGAAACCAAUCUGAAUAUCAUAUGUGAACAGAAUGUCAGCAUCAUUGAGGAAUCUGUGGACAAUGAUAUUCAUUUUGAUAUGUUAGAUGUCUCGGAAGAUAUUGUUGUUGGUGAUAACUGUGAAGUAAAAUCUUUGGAAGACAAAGAAGAAAUCACUGAGAAUGAAAAUGUUGCAGUUUGUGAAGAAAUAAUUUUAGAUAAUAGUCAGUCAUCCAUGGAAGAUGCAACUACACCAGCUAUGGGUCAGGGAGGCGAGUGUAAAAUGUAUGAUUACUCAGCAGAUGAAAACUUACGCCGCGACUCUGUUGUCGUCAGUGGAAAUGCUGAUGCGGUUCUUGCAUUAGAGUGUGUGGAAAGCAAUUUCCUAGCUGCUUGUCUUGAUGGCAAUGUCUACUAUUUCAAUAAUGAUGGGCAGCUGUUGAGCACUUUGAGAGGAUCAAAUCUAGCUGUCACAUGCAUCACCAUAGUUAAAGAAAAAUAUGGAACCACAGUGUACACAGGUUCCUUGGAUUCCAGGAUACGAUAUUACGACUUAGAGACUGGUUUGGAAAAAGGCCUAGAGUGCAAUGUUUUAAGUCCAAUACAAACGAUGGACCGAGCAUGGGACACAGUAUUUGUUGGUACAAGAACUGGAUUUGUCUUGCAGUUUGAGUGUAAGAAUAACAUGCUGAUACCAGUUAGUUCUGUAAAAUUCUCGGACCAAUCUAUCCUCGCGCUUCGAGCAAUGAAGGAGGGACCUCGAAAAGUGCUCCUUGUGGCGGCUCGGUCAGAAAAUGUGACUAUCAAAGACGCACAAACUGGUCUGUUGUUACGGACUCUGGUUGGGCCUAAGAUGACAGUGUACUCUCUGCUUUUUGAAGAUGGCAAAGUCUUUUGCGGUACCAGCAGUCACCAGAUACACGUUUUUGACUAUGCAAGUGGCACUCACGCGGGUACGCACUCCGGUGGUAAAGGUGCGGUGUGUCUGCGCGCGACAGGCGGGCUUCUAUUCGCAGGCUGUUACGAUGGCUGCGUGUACGUGUACCGCGAGAGCGAGGGCGAGCCCUUUGCGCAGAUCCGUGGACCCAGCCUGAUGCUGCUUUCAUUGGCGGUGGUCGGCAGCAAGAUCAUUGCGGGCUACAAGGACAGGAGUUUGUAUAUAUGGAAAAUACCACUUUGUAUACUGCAAGAAAUGAUACUUUAAAGUUUCUACCGAGUUACGUAGAAUACGCACCAUUAAAUUGUAGUUACAUGUUAUUUUGUCAUUAAAAUUUAUAGGUUUAAUUAAAAUUAAGAAAGUGUAUAUUAUUGUACCAGACGUAUGAAGUAAUAAAAGAGUUUAAAUGGG